AUGGCGUCGCCCGGUAAUGAUUCAUCCCGAUCUGACAUGCCCCCAUCCUCCACAUCCGCGUCAUUGCGUUCUUCGUCUCACGCAUCUCCGUCUCCAACUGCCAACGCCCCACCUCCCCCAUCCGCAUCAACCGUCGGCGCGGCGCUCCUCCGCGACUAUGCCCUCCAUAUAGAACCCUCCCAGACACACAACGAAAUCCAUCAGCACGAACCCACCCCACGAGUUCCUAGCAGCGACGCGCUGCCUCCCCACAAGAUCGACUCGACACAUGAGGAGGCCGGUAGGUCGCUGCCCUCAGCUUUGCGCCGAUUUCGUCAGAAAUCAAUCUCCGGUCAUCGUCCGCAGAAGGCGCUCUCCACCGAUUGCAUCCCCCGCCAAACCAUAAUGAAGGCCUUAGCCUCGAGGACAGCCCUGUCCAACACAACCUCCACUUCUCCCCCGAAUAACCAAAAUUCACCAUUGACGAGCAACUGGUCAGGCCUGGUUGCUAACAAUAGCAAUAAUGCCGUCCAAAAUUCACCGGCCGCGGAGGAGCGAGAACGUCGGUGUAGCAAUGCGUCAUCACAGCGAUUAUCGGCGGCACUCUCUAGUUUGCAAAUAAAUAAUUAUCUGGACCGAUCGCCCGCUACGGCGCGGUUGAUGAUGCAGUCACCAUGUUAUUUCCAUCAGCGAUUCGAUGACGCUGUCAAUAUCAAGAAGGUUCUCGAGGAGAUUGCUGAUGACGAGUGGCUGUCACAUUCACGAUUAGUACAAACCGCAACGGGAGUUCGAGAAGUAUCCAAACAAUUACAGCGACGGCCGAUCAAGCGCGCAGUACGCAACGUCAUGAUUGUCACCAAGGCUCGAGAUAACAGCCUGGUACAUUUGACACGCGAGCUCGCAGAGUGGCUCCUCUCAACCCCACGCUACGGAAGUGACCUAGGAGUCAAUGUGUAUGUUGAUGCGAAGUUGCGGAAUUCCAAACGGUUCGACACACCGGGCCUUCUCCAAAAGGAACCACGGUUCGCUCAGAUGUUACAAUUUUGGACCCCUGAUAUGUGUUGGACGUCACCGGAUAAAUUCGACCUUGUACUGACGCUGGGUGGUGACGGUACGGUCCUUUUCACUUCCUGGCUGUUCCAGCGUGUUGUACCGCCGGUGUUUUGUUUCUCAUUGGGGAGUCUUGGAUUCCUUACCAACUUCGAGUUUUCCGAAUACAAAUCACAUCUCAAUGCCGUCAUGGGUGAUGUGGGUAUGCGUGUCAAUUUGCGUAUGCGAUUCACUUGUACUGUGUUCCGGAAAGAUCGGAGCAAAGGUGCGGAGGCUGGAGCAGUCGAGGAGGGCGAGCAGUUCGAAGUUUUGAACGAAGUUGUUAUCGAUCGAGGGCCGUCGCCCUAUGUGUCCAAUCUGGAAUUAUAUGCCGAUAACGAGUUGUUGACCGUGGUUCAAGCGGAUGGCUGUAUCUUCUCUACACCCACUGGCUCAACGGCUUAUUCUUUGUCCGCUGGCGGCUCCCUCAUGCACCCUUCCAUUCCCGGAAUUCUCCUCACUCCGAUCUGCCCUCACACACUCUCUUUCCGUCCGAUGGUUCUAUCAGACUCUCAUCUCCUCCGUAUCGCGGUUCCUAAUGCUUCGCGGUCAACUGCCUACUGCUCCUUCGACGGCAAAGGUCGCGUCGAGCUUCGUCAAGGCGAUUAUGUCACCGUCGAAGCCAGUCAGUACCCUUUCCCUACCGUUGUCUCUGACAGCGGUGAAUGGUUCACCAGUGUCCAGCGAGCUUUACGUUGGAACACUCGCGGUGCUGUACAAAAAAGCUGGGACAGUGGCGCCGAUGGCGACCCCGACCUCAACGGGGACGCUGAAGACGAACAAUGGGACAUCGAUACAGACACCGGGCUCGGUGGCACAGAUAGUGGCAUCGGGCCUAGUGAAGAUGGCGAUGCCUUCUCUCCAAAUCCUAUGCGGCGACAGAUGAGCUUGCUCAAUAUGUGA